ACCCAAAAAUCAUCAAGAAAGUAUACUCAUCAUCAAGUUAACUAGAAAAGAAGAGAUAAUGGCCGCCAAGGAAGGAUUCAUCCUGUUGGCAAUCUUUGCAUUGCUUGUGAUGACUUGUACCAACUCAUGCGAGUCGCUGUCCUGGUGUUCCAGAAAAUGUAUGCUUGUGUGCCUGAAAGAGGAGGGUGCCAACAUAGAUGCUUGUGUGUUAGCCUGCACAAGCUACUGCAAACAUGUAGCAGAAUACAGAGAGGAAAAAAGAAAAGAUGUGUGGGAUUGGACAAACUCACGCAGACACUAGCUAUGGGCCCAUUGCCAAAUUUUGGUUCAAAUCCAAGCAAAACCCAGAUUUUGAAUUUUCUUUUUCUUUUCACCAUCUUGCAUCAUUGCAAUGUUUAUUGUUCUCAAGUAGAAUGUAAAAUUUGACCACACCUGAAAAAUAUUAAUCAUUGAAUGUGAAUUUAGAAUAAUGUUUUACAAUUCAU